AUGGAAAAUAUGGGCCUCGAUGCGCCGCAGGCGGGCUUUGGCAAAUGUGGCGCAGACUUCAUGAUCGGCUUCUGCGACCUGACGUGCAAGAGGUGCACGUGCUCCCCCGGCGCCAGGCCCUUCGAGGUGCCCGGAGGCAUCGCCAGCGGCCAGACGGUGGGGUCCGUCGUGCGGCCUCCCGGCGCCCCCUCCGACGCAGCGCUGCUGGGCCCGCCGUCGUGCGACGACUGCACGGACGAACCUCCCAACGACGACUACACUUGCGAGGAGCAGAAGGACUUCGGCCAAUGCGACCAGGACUGGAUGCAAGGGUUCUGCGACAAGAGCUGCGAGCGCUGCGUGUGCGCGCCGCCGCCCCCCAGGGUCGUGCAGGCGCCAACGUCGGCGUCGACGCCGGGGCCGCCCUCCCCGGCGUCAUUGCCCCCAACUCGCGCCUCCGGGGUCACACCGCCUCCAGCAAGGCCGCCUUCCGUUCAGGCUUCGGAGGGCUCGUCGCCGCGGGCAGCCAGCGUCAGCAUCCGCCCGCCGACAAAGCAGGCGCCAAAGAACGGCUGCGAGUUUCCGACGCUGGCAGAUCGGGCAGGGAAAUUCGAAUUGCACGUUCUGACCAAGCUCCUGAAGAAGACGGGCCUGCUGAAAAAGCUGGACAACCCGAAGAAGGAGUACACGCUAUUUGCGCCCGUGGAUCAGGCGUUUGAAGAGCUUGCGUCGAAGCUCAAAGUGGACACCGACGAUCUUGCGGAUCUGGACGUCAUAAAGGGGGUUCUGGAGUAUCACAUCGUGAAGUCGAUUCUGUCCACUGCAGAGCUCAGCCAGCCGCGCAUCCUAGACACACUGGAGGGUUCCUACAUAUUCACCCAAUCUGAGUCCGAGAUCGACGGCUUCGAGAACUCGGCCACCAUCUUCAGCGCCCCCACGCCCAUCUGCAGCUCCAUGAUGCACGUCAUCAACGACGUCCUGCUGCCCGCGACCAUCGACGACCUGCUGGCGGGCAGGACGGAUCCCCAGAGUCCGGAAGAGCCCGUGUCCCCAACCCCCGCCCAGAAGCCUCCCAAGUCACCUUCCGAGACCCCUGCCGAAUCUUCCCCCGAGACGCCUCUAGAUUCAGAACCCAAAUUGCCUACAAAAUCGCCUCCCAAGUCGCCUCCCAAGUCGCCACCCACAUCGCCUCCAGGCGAUCCUUCGAAUUCCACAGACGGACUGCCCAAGGCGCCCGCUGAAUUGCCUUCCAAGCCUCCUGCCAAAUCGCCUGCCAACUCAACUACACAGGCUCCCUCGGGAGCACCUGGAGACACUCCUGAUGAUCCUCCUCGGCCGCCUCCAAAGAGCCCCUCGACGCCGCCCGAAGACCCGCCUGAGGCGCCUCCCAAGGUGCCUGCCCCAUCUCCUCCCAGCGCCCCUGAGGCGCCCCCCAAGCCGCCGGGCGGGGGGCCUGCCAAGCCCGAGGCCCAGGCGCCUUCGAAAGGAAAGAAGUGCGACAAGAAGGGCAGCAUUGUGUCGUUCUUGUCGGACGAGGAAGAUUUCACGAUACUAGUGAGGGCGCUGGAGGCUGUCGGCAUGUCCAAAAUGCUUUCCGACAAAUCUGCAAAUCUCACCCUCUUCGCUCCCAGCGACGUGGCGUUCGAAGCGACCCUGACCAAACUGGGCGUCAAGCUCAAAGAUCUGCUGGCCAACAGGGAUCAGCUGCAGGACAUCCUGCGGUACCACGUCCUCCCGCAAAAGCUCACCGCCGCCGCCAUUGCCGGCGGCAAUGUGGACACGGCGCUGCCGGACGCCAAGAUGUUCCUGGACGUGGACGACGCCACGGGCGCCAUUAGCAUAUCGGGCGUCGGUUCCAGCGCCAGGGUGGUGGGCCCCGACCUUCACAGCCUCUGCAACAGCGCCGUCCACAGGGUCGACUUCGUGCUUCUGCCCUUCAAGAGCGACCAAUACAGGGCUGCACCGGAAGGGGGCCAAGAGGACCAGGACGAGCCAGCUCCCGAGGCGGGCUGGGCGGCAUUGGGGCCCGAGCUGGCCAAGGGCGAGUCGGAGUGCCCCAGCAUGCAUGACGUAAUCGUCAAGCACAAGCGGCUGGGCACCCUGGAGAAGGCGGCCGAGGCUGCGGGCCUGGUGCCCGUGCUGUCGGACGGGGAGCAGAAUGUGACCUUCCUGGCGCCCACGGACGAGGCGUUCGAGAGGCUGAUGGCGGACGCCCAGCAGUCGGCGGACUCGUUCCUUGAGGACCCGGUGCUGGUGAAGCCCAUCCUGAGCUACCACGCGCUGGCGCGGGCGCUCAGCCUGGAGGACAUCCGGGGCGAGGACAGCCUGGACACGCUGGUCACGGACGAGCAGGGAGAAAACCUUGCUGUCCGGGUGGUCCUGGAUCCGGACGACCCCAACGGCGUCGUCAUCCAGGGAGUCACGGGAACGGCCAGCAUCACGGAGGCGGACAUUCCCGCCUGCGGCUCCAUCGUGCACAUAAUCGACACGGUGCUCCUGCCCAUCGAUUCCAACCUGCUGUAG